AAUCGCGACAAAGAGGGUUCGUCGAUGGAGCCGAAUCAAGCGAUAUUGGAGAGAUUACGUGCGGGUAUGUUGAACAUCGAGAAUGAUAAGAAGAGACGUAAAAGUAACGUCACUAAUGAGCAAGAAGCGUUGAUAAUUCGACCGAAGUUAUCGCAGACGAACGCACUCUUAAAUGCGGAUGAAGCAGUUCAAGAGUCGUCUGAAUAUGCAGCAACACAUCCGGAUGCGUUAUCUGCGUUCAGAAUUGAUCUUUGA